AUGGAGUGUGUGACUACAGCUUCGAUGUCAGUUUUGAUUAAUGGAUCACCAACUAAACCGUUUAAGAUGGAAAGGGACUUGAGACAAAGGGACCCGCUUUCUCCAUUCCUGUUUGUGCUGGUUGUGGAUAUCCUUCAUAGAAUGAUUAGCGAGGCAGUUAAAAAUGGUCGUAUCUCCCCUUUGGUGGUUGGUCGAGACAGUGUGGAGCUCUCACACCUCCAGUUUGCUGACGACACUAUCCUGUUUUGCCCACCACAUGAUGAGACCAUGCAGAAUUACAAGUGGCUACUACGCUGGUUCGAGCUAAUGUCAGGGCUCAAUAUCAACUUCGACAACUCCAGCUUGAUUCCACUCAAUUGUGAAGAGCAGUGGGUACAGCGGAUGUGUAGACUAUGGGGUUGCAAGGAAGGUACCCUCCCUGUUAAAUACCUUGAAGUUCCCUUAGGAGCUAAUCUGAGAUUGGUUAAGACCUGGAAGCCUAUCAUUGAUAAGGUGGAGGAGAAACUAAGCCUAUGA